AUGUCACGAUAUAGAGCUUACGACAAGGACAGCGAUGACGUUCCUGUCAUCGAGGACGCACGCGUCGGCCGCGCAGGCUAUGCCGAUGACUCUACUUCAGCGGACGCCGACUUCGCGGCCAUUGACCCGCACAGCGGCGUUAAGCGAGGCCUCAAGACGCGGCAUCUCAGCAUGAUGGCUCUGGCGGGCAUCAUCGGGCCGGGUCUCCUGAUCGGUGCGGGCGGCGCGCUCUCCAACGGCGGGCCCGCCGCCCUGCUCAUCGGAUUUGGCGUCAUUGGUGUCAUUGCGUUUAGCAUUAUGCAGAGCUUGGGCGAGUUGACGACGUUGUAUCCUAGCGGUGGUGCUUUCACUGGGCUGGCUGAUCGGUUUGUCGACAAGGCUUUCGGUGUUGCGCUGGGUUGGAAUUACUACAUCAUCUGGAUGUGUGUCUUGGCCAAUGAGUACAACGUGCUGUCGAGCAUUUUCGUCUUCUGGAGUGACAAAGUGCCGCUGUGGGGUUACUUCCUGAUCUUCUGGACACUCUUCCUUGGCUUCCAACUGCUCGGAGUCGAGGCUUUCGGAGAGGCUGAGUUCUGGUUGGCUUUGCUGAAGUUAAUUGGCUUGGUUGCAUACUUUCUCUUCUCCAUCGUAUACGCCGCUGGCGGAAUCCCUGGACAAGAAGCCCUGGGCUUCAAAUAUUGGCGUGACCCCGGCGCCUUCACCGACGGCUUCCGAGGUACCGCCAAAGUCUUUGUCUUCUGCUCCACAUUCUACGCCGGUGUUGAGUCUGUCGCCGUCGCCGCCACCGAGACCAAGAAUCCUCGGGUCGCCGUGCCACUCGCGAUUCGCCAGGUGUUCUGGCGCAUUAUCUUCAUCUACAUGGGCUCUGCCUUCUUCUUCGGCCUUACAUGCCCGGCUAAUGCCGACGAGCUCGUGAACGGGGGCUCCCGAGCCGUGAAGAGUCCCAUGACGGUGGCUAUCCAGAACGCCGGCUGGGAAGGGGGCGUGCACUUGAUUAACGCCUUCAUCUUUGUUACAUGCUUAUCAGCGUGCAACUCGUCCAUCUACAUCGGAUCUCGCACCCUUCUGUACAUGGGACAGGAUAAGAAGGCGCCCAAGAUCUUAGGUAGGACCGAUAGCCGGGGUGUCCCCAUUCCGGCUAUCGUGUUCACCAACCUGUGUGGCGCGCUGUCCAUGAUGAACAUCAGCACAGGCGCUAGCAAGGCGUACUCGUACAUCGUUAAUCUCAGCGGUGUCUCGACUUUCCUCGUCUGGGGUUCCAUCUCUUUCAUCCACAUCCGAUUCAGACAAGCGUGGAAGGCUCAGGGCCAUGCGGAGAGUUCACUGCCAUUCGUUUCGUUAUGGUAUCCGUGGAACGCCUACUUCGGUUUGGCGGCAAACAUUUUCCUGGCUAUUGUACAAGGUUGGACCACCCUUGCACCAUUCGAUGCUGGAUCAUUUGUCGAUGCUUACAUCUUGUUACCCUUGUUUCCCAUAAUUUGGUUUGGAUACAAGUUCUGGUAUAAGACGCAUUUCUGGAGGGUGGGCGAGAUUGAUCUGAUGUCCGGUCGCCGACGCGAUCUGGAUGAGUCGCGAGAAAUUGAGACUGGAGAACGUGACUUGGACAGGCUACCUUGGUGGAGGCGGUUGCUCAAGAGCUUUUGA